GGAUAAUCUACGUAACGGCUCUGCUGCCAUACUGUUUACCAUCCAUUGCUUUUUCUUCCCUUCCUCAACCCUCAAACCCGUCCGCUGCUCUCUGAGGGCUUCCCCUGCACCAUGGCUGCGCAGAAGAUAAACGAGGCUCAUGAACACAUCGCCAAAGCUGAGAAAUGUUUGAAGACCAGCAUGACAAAGUGGAAACCGGACUAUGAUGGAGCAGCAUCUGAAAUGGCAAAGGCUGCUGUGGCUUUCAAGAAUGCCAAGCAGUUUGAGCAAGCGAAGGACGCCUACCUGAAGGAGGCAGAAUACCACACUGAGAACAAAGCAUUAUUCCACGCUGCAAAGGCAAUUGAAGCAGCAGGUAUGAUGCUAAAGGAUAUGAAGCGAUUACCAGAGGCUGUCGAGCUGAUUGAGAAAGCCAGUGUGAUGUACGUGGAGAAUGGGACAUCUGGAACUGCAGGCAUGGCUCUGGACAGGGCCGGCAAACUUAUUGAACCAAUGGAUCUAGAGAAAGCGGUCGACUUGUAUCAGAAAGCUGCUUCUGUUUUUGAGAAUGAGGACCGUCUGAGACAGGCUGCAGAACUGCUGGGAAAAGCCUCCAGACUGCUGGUGCGACUACGCAGGCUGGAUGAAGCUGCAGUCUCCAUCCAGAAAGAAAAAAACAUGUACAAGGAAAUUGAGAAUUAUCCCACUUGCUUUAAGAAAACUAUAGCCCAAGUGUUGGUCCAUCUUCACAGAGGAGACUUUGUAGCAGCAGAUAAGUGUGUGAGAGAAAGUUACAGUCUCCCAGGGUUCAGUGGCAGUGAGGACUGUGUUGCCAUGGAGACAUUAUUGGCAGGUUAUGAUGAGCAAGAUGAGGACCAGGUGUAUCGUGUGUGUAACUCACCUCUUCUGAAGUACAUGGACAAUGAUUAUGCAAAGCUGGCCAUCUCUCUGAAGGUGCCAGGGGGAGGAGGGAAGAAAAAGAAAUCACCCUCUGCUCCACAGGGGGGCGCUGGAGGAGCACCACCAGCAGAGGAGGAGGAUGAGUAUGAAGGAGGACUGUGUUAAUCUGAAACAUUUCAGCCCUUCCAAGAGUAUGAGUGUGUGAAUGUGAGAGAUAUACAUGUGGGCGUACGUGUGCGUGUUUGCGUAUUUGGUGACUUAAUGUGACCUUCCCCAUUGUGCAAGGUGGAUUCAUUCCAAGUCCUGACAAAUUCCUUUUUUGUCUAAACCUUCUGGAGCUUGGAGGUCCACUCAGAACAAACAAGCUGUAAUGUGAACGGUGUACAUUUACCUUUAAAAAUACUUAAGAGGAUACUUAAGAGAAGCUAAAUCUAUUUUAAGUUUUAGAUAUAAAUGUUAAAUGUCAGUUUAUUUAUGAAAAUGUCUUUCAAGAUGUAUUUUCAUUUACUUUCAAUGAUAAAACAAAUGUAUUGUCAUGUUUACAGUAUCAGUUUAUGUAUUAUGUAUGAUUUAAAUAUUGACAGGUCUGUAAGACAGUGAAGACGUCUCGUAUCAAAUAUGUUUAUGUAGUUUCUGCAAUCAUAUUUAAAUGACCAUAACGUACAGUGACUUAUUCAUAGUGUUGUUUGAACUGGAAGGGUUUGUUUAGCCAAAAAUGCUAACGUGCAUGACAGUGAAUACCAGGCACAGUAAUCCAACAGUUAGCAUGAUAAUGCUAGGUGGGGGCUUUUGUGUCCAUCUAAUCUCAAUUCACAGUUAGCCACACUGCCAUUUUUUGGCCCAACUACUCCUUCAGUGUGUAGCUAUGUUUAGUGCAAGGCACAGUGCACAACAUCCAGAAAUAUGACUGAGCAAAAGUCUGUUUGUUGUGUUUGAGUCAAAUAAGCCAACCAAACCAGCUUUGGGUUAUUUGCAAUCAGUGCCACUGUAAGUCCAGAAGCUCUGCGCUGCUGUGAACUCCAGUACGAUAGCAUACCACUACAAUAGCAGUAUAUGAAUAUUUUGCCAGUAUAUUUGGCUGUUCACUUUUGGAAGCACUGCCUUGUUUUCUUCAAAUCACAUCUAGUCCAUUCGAAAACAACUACAUUAAAAAAGUGUAUCAAAUGUACUUGAAUCGACUGUGUAAAUAAUGUCCACAUGAAUACAAUUAUAUUAUAUUAUAUAUAAUAACACAGUUUUGACUAUAGUAAGUAAACAGAAAGGCAAAACUGUGUUGAUGUAUUUUAUUUAUGUGGUAAUGAUGUACACAUCUGUUGAAUCAAGUACCUUAAGUGCAUAACCUUUUUGAGUGUAUAAUCACGGCUUGCUUUCCUGACAGUUUCAGUGUAAAGAGCAUCGUAACUGUUAGUAAGAAUGUUCUGCAAGUCUGUAUGCAGUAACAGUGAUACUGUAUAUACUGUAUAUAUUAAGUCAAAACAGCACUGAUUAGGCUCAGCUAAUAGCUAGGCUGCAGCUGAGGAGGGUGGGUCCUCAGUAGUGCUGUUCUCUGAAAGUUUUGUUUGUAUUAAUGCAAAAUAGAAUGGUUUAACAAAGCUGCUUUGUACAGUCGGCACACAAAAUUUGCUGGAGAAAAUAUAGUUGAUUUGAAUGAUAAUAAGCUGGCAAGCAAAGCAUUGAUGUGAAUGAUGUAAUGUCGCAAAACAUGAAUUUGUUGGUAAUGAAAUACUACCUGCAAGCUAAAAACUGUUCAGCUCACUAAAAGCAGGUGCAUUUUACACCCUGCAUUCAAUGUACAAUCUCUUAAACAGAUAUGACUAAAGAAAUAGUGUAUUGUAUAUUUUACUGUACAUUACUGGACUUGUUAAACAACAUGUAGUAGAUGGUUUAAUCUGCCAGCAUGCAUCUUUCUUCAUGUGCACAAAGGAUUAUGGGUGACAGAAGACCGUGAAAGGUACUCUGGUAGCAUCCUUGAAAAUUUGAAGAAUCCCUCGAAUUGGAACAGCCUUCUCUGACGUAGCUGUGUAGAAAUGCAGCCCAUCUAGACUGCAGCCUAGGUUUUGGAACGCAGCUAUAUUUCAAGAAAUUGCAUAAUUAAACAACAGGUCCUAACCAGGCAAUACACAGGUAGAGUGAACAUGAGGGCGGUGCUGUUAUAUUCUGUGUAGUUCUUGUCUGAAUUAUGUCUACAAGCACAUAAAGAUUUCUCUUCACAGCAGCAGAGUUAUGACAGACAGUGGCAUCAGAGCUACAAUCCGAGAUAUAUUUGAGAUUAUGGAAGUUGGAACACCCCAAUCAAAUACCAUUUGUUGAUUUUCUAAGUGAAAAUAUGUUAACACAUGCUCUACAGAGAACA